UUGUACUUCGAGCGGUUUGAUCUCCAAACUCAGCCAUGACGUCUCCGGCGAAAUUCCGAAAGGACAAGGAGAUAGUGGCCGAAUAUGAGACUCAAGUUAAAGAGAUCCGUGCCCAGCUGGUGGAGCAGCUCAAGUGUCUGGAUCAGCAGUGUGAGCUGAGGGUGCAGCUGCUGCAGGACCUGCAGGACUUUUUCAGGAAGAAGGCAGAGAUCGAGGUCGACUACAGCCGCAACCUUGAGAAGCUGGCGGAGAGGUUCCUCACCAAGACCCGCAGCACCAAGGACCAUCUACUCAAGAAGGAGCACAGCAUCUUAUCCCCCGUGAACUGCUGGAACCUGUUGUUGCUUCAGGUGAAGAGGGAGAGCCGCGACCACGCCACUCUGUCCGACCUCUACCUCAACAACAUCAUCCCCCGCUUCGCACAGAUCAGCGAGGACUCAGGGCGUCUCUUCAAGAAGAGCAAAGAGGUGGGCGUACAGCUGCAAGAGGACCUGAUGAAAGUUCUUAAUGAGCUUUACACGGUGAUGAAGACGUACCACAUGUACAACACUGACAGCAUGAACGCCGAGUCCAAGCUGAAGGACGCGGAGAAGCAGGAGGAGAAGCAGAUGGGACGCUCCGGCCGACAAGACGACCGGCAGACGCCGCGCUCCCCUGACACCUUGGCCAGCAUCAAGGCCGACGAGAAGCCCGUCCGGCGCUCCAGCGUCAAGAAAAUCGAGAAGAUGAAAGAGAAGAGACAAGCUAAGUACACAGAGAACAAGCUGAAGGCCAUCAAGGCCAGGAAUGAGUACCUGCUGGCUCUUGAGGCCACCAACAGCUGUGUCUUCAAAUAUUACAUCCACGACCUCUCCGACAUCAUUGACUGCUGUGACCUAGGUUACCAUGCAAGCCUGCACCGCGCCCUGAGGACCUACCUAUCUGCAGAGCAGAACGUCGAGACGUCCAAACACUCUGGCCUGGAGACGCUGGAGGCCGCCGCAGAGAGUCUGGAGGCCAACGGGGACAAACAGAAAAUGAUGGAGACCUACAAUAACGUCUUCUGUCCCCCUGCUCGUUUUGACUUCCAGUCUCACAUGGGAGACACGAUGGGAGUGGUGUGUGCACAGCAGCCGCUGGAAAGCGAGCUGCUCCAGAGGUGUCAGCAGCUGCAGUCCCGCCUCUCCACCCUCAAGAUUGAGAAUGAAGAGGUGAAGAAAACCAUGGAAGCCACUCUGUCCACCAUCCAAGACAUGGUGACGGUGGAGGACUACGACGUCUCGGAGUGCUUCCACCACAGCAACAGCAUGGAGUCGGUCAAGUCCACUUUCAGUGAAUCCUAUCUCAGUAAGCCCAGUCUGGCCAAACGACGGGCCAAUCAGCAGGAGACGGAGCAGUUUUACUUCACGAAGCUGAAGGAGUUUCUGGAAGGCAGGAACCUUAUCACCAAGCUGGAGGCCAAGCAUGACCUCAUCGACAAGACCAUGGGAGAGAGUCAGAAGACUGACUGUUGCCUUGCCAGUGGACGGAGAAACUCGGCGGUACGGAAGCAGGAGUCUGGUGAGGCCAUUCCUCUGAUGGUCGAGAGCUGCAUCCGCUUCAUCAGUCGCCAUGGUCUGCAGCAUGAGGGCAUCUUCAGAGUGUCAGGUUCUCAGGUGGAAGUCAAUGACAUCAAGAAUGCCUUUGAGCGAGGUGAGGACCCGCUGGCAGGGGACCAGAAUGACCACGACAUGGACUCCAUUGCUGGCGUCCUGAAGCUCUACUUCAGAGGACUGGACCACGCCCUCUUCCCAAAGGAAGUCUUCCAUGACCUCAUAUCCUGUGUCUCUAUGGAGAGCCUUCAGGAGCGGGCAGUGCACAUUAAGAAAGUUCUGAAAUCUCUGCCGAGCAAAACCCUCAUCAUUAUGAGAUACCUGUUCUCCUUCCUCAACCACCUGUCCCAGUACAGCGAGGACAACAUGAUGGACCCAUACAACCUGGCCAUCUGUUUCGGUCCCACCCUGAUGUCCGUCCCCGAGGGCAACGACCAGGUCUCCUGCCAGGCCCACGUCAACGAGCUCAUUAAGACGAUCAUCAUCCACCAUGACACCAUCUUCCCCGGACCGAAGGACCUGCAGGGCCCCCAAUACAUUGUCCCUGGAUCUGGAGAAGACUUCUGUGACAGUCCACACUGUGAGCCCCCCCUCGUGGAAGAGCCUGCGCCUGACACCGUCUCUGUCAUCCACAACAGCGAAGAUGGCUCCUUGGCUGUUUCAGAGUCCGACCCAUUCGAAGCCGUCGCCCGGUUCGACUUCACCGGCCGGACUAGUCGGGAGUUAUCGUUUAAGAAGGGCGCGUCUAUACUCCUGUACCAGCGAGCUUCUGAUGACUGGUGGGAGGGACGACAUAACGGAGUGGAUGGACUGGUGCCUCACCAGUACAUUGUGAUCCAAGACAUGCCUGACGGGGGCAGGGGAAGUCCAAAGCCCGAUGUGGACAGCAGGGACCUGCUGGAGGAGAGAGUGUCCACUAGAGGCAGUGCUGCCUCUCCUACUGGAGCUCAUGUGGCUGACAUCUACCUGGCCAACCUGAACAAGUUGAGGAAACGUCCGGAGUCCGGGAGCAUCCGAAGAGCGUUCCGUGGCUCAGAGAGCGACAGUACGAGUCCAGGUGCCAGCGGAGGGGGAGGAGGAGGAGGAGGAGGAGGAGGAGGAGGAGGAGGAGGAGGAGGGGGGGUGAGAACAGCUUCCCUUCCUGUUGGUGGGGCUCUGGUGAAAGAAACUGGAGAUAAACGACCCGUCAGCGCUCACAGCAUCCUCAACUCAGUCACCCGCCACUCCUCUCUCAAGACCAAGGUGGAGAGUCCACAGUUACGCAAGACAAAUUCAGCAGGGCGCUCCAAGAGCUUCAGCAACCACAGACCACUGGACCCUGAGGUCAUAGCCCAAGUGGAGCACAGCUCACAGGACAUUGAGGCGGUGAUGACCUCUGCCCUGAGUGAGCUCAGUAAGUUGGAAAGACAGAGCACCUCGAAGCACACACACACCCCCGACGUGGUCCUGGACACACUGGAGCAGCUGAAAGGCCUGGGUGGUGGUGGUGGUGGUGGUGGUGGAGGAGGAGGAGGAGCCUCGGAGCCCUCCAGUCCACUCCACUCCCGUCUGUUACGGGACAGUGAGGGGGGCUCCUCGCACGCCCACCCGCUUCAGCGAAGCGCCUCCUCCGCCAGCGACGUGCCCUCGUCCUUCCGCCCGGCCAAGAGCCAGCCGCGGAGCCCCCUGCCCUCCGUCACGUCCCCCUCUCUCUCCUCCUCCUCCCUCUCCUCAUCUGUACCUUCCUUCAGAGAGCUGCGCCCCCCGGCAACGAGGCCCAAACCGGUGGUGUUCCCAAAGGGCGGCGGCGGCGGCGGCAGUCCAGCCAUGGGUUCCCCGACCUCUACUGUGCCCCCUACACCUCCUCCUCCACUUACAGGCCACACACACUCUCUCCUUCACACCCCUCCUCCUCCACCUCCACCCCAGCCUACUGACAAAUCCUGCUCGGCUUUGGACUUCUGAAUCUGACCGGCGACAGUCUUUUAAUCUUACAGCUCUUCUACCAGGUGCAGAGAGCGCUUCAUCUGUUUCACACAAGACCUAACCCACUACUCAUGUGUAGCAUUCACUUCUUGAUGUCCAGGCGAGUUCUCAAGACGCCAUGUUCCCUUUUAGAGUGUCAAAAGUAGUUUUCUGCCCUCUCCUGGCAGCUCUGCUUACUGCAGGUCAACUAUCGGUGGGCGUAGAUUAGUGAACACCCUUCAAAGACACUCUUUAUGUUUUGCCACCGUAGAGAUCCCAGGCAUCACUGGAUUUUAUUUCAUUCUUUUUUUUUUUUUUAUAAGGGAACAGGACUCAGGAUGGACACCUUAACACCUAAAGCUUACCUACACUAGGUUGUGAUGUUUGAAUUUGUGUUUGAGUGGGCGUGCAGGAGUGUUACUUGCCUUUACACACAGAUCAAAGUGAGGAACAAAAAGCACUGUUUGAUUUUUUUCUUUUAUAGUAGACAUGACCGUUUUUCUUUUCUUUUUAAUGACCCAUGUUUAACGGACUGGAAGGGAGUGUUUGAUUCCUGAGAAUAGACUGUGAAAUGCUAAGCUCUUGCCCUGCGUAGACAUUAAACACACUGACUUGCUGCUUCAAAAGUGGACAACUAGAGAUAAAGGCGGACUUUUCGGAUGAUGAAAGGAAAGAAAACUGGGCCAAAUAUCAGUGUAAGUCAUGUGAUCGGGAGCUUUAUUCGAUCUCUUCCUCGAGUGUUUGAUAUGUUGGUGAUUUUCUUUUUAUGACUGUUCAUUACUAGAACCACAACAGGGGCAUAGCAGGAGCAGUGCGCCCCGAAGCCUGACAUGGCCAACAGUAAUUCUAAAUACACAUAUAGCAAUACAGAUAAUGAAAGCUGAUAGUUUGAGGCAUUAUGCUGCUUCUCUCCUGCAGCUCUAUUAUGUGUGUAGGGGACCACUGAAACCCAGCAUUUUUAUAGGUAAUGUUGGACUGUACACAUACACACACGUUCUCUCAAAAUGUGUGUGUGUUGGUGUUUUGUGGCAGCUAAACGCCUUUCAGGUUUUCCUCGCAUGCUGGGGCCAUAGACAGCGGCCAUAAUGGCGAGCUGGCUGAUUGCAUCAGUUUAUAUAUCUGCAGCACCAGACACACGACAACUUCAAACAAAGUUACAGCUUGCUCCUUUUAAGAUAAACUUCACACUUAACAGUAAAAAGGGUUAUAUUAUUCUAAUGGUGUAUGUAUGUUUAAUAAUCAUGUUGAUAACUGGAAGCAUGGAGCUGAGGAUCCUCUUGAGUGUGUUUUUAAAUAGAAGCAACCAACCACCUCAUCCAAUGCGUUUCUUAAGCAAAGAUUGCUUUUGUUGUUACUUUUUGUUCCCAGUUGGUAAUUAAUGCUCACAAUCUGUAAUGGUAAAAUGUUGAACUGUGUAACUGUCUGGGUGUGUGCAUGUGUGUGUGUGUGUGUGUGUGUGCGCCUGUGGGAGCAUGCGUGGAUGUAGAGUAUGUAUGCACCCCGACCCCACCCCUUUACAAUGCCCACCCACCAUAAAGGGAAGCCACCCAACGGCAACUGUCUGGAGAGACACAGGAGUACCAGCGGCCUUAGUGCUGAAUAAAUAUGCACUGUGUGUACAUGUGAUCAGACAAAGAUCCUGCAAGUAUAGACAUGAUCAAGUUGUCUCGUCUUCAGUCACUGCUGUAACAACACCAAUGGUGGAUCAGCUUUAAGUGGAAGCAGGAGGAAAAAAACAAUAUCAAAGGGCUUACUCUUUUUUUUUUUUUUUUUUAAUGAUUUAUGCAAAGAAAAUAUUUUGCGAAAUUAAAAUGAAUUAAGUAAUAUGUGAAUAAUUUUAAUAACACUGACUUCAAAAGUGGACACUUAAUUCAGGGUGAACCGAAUAAUGUUUUUUUUGGUUGUAUUUCACCUUCUUGGAACAGUAUUGAUCUAAUUUUAGCGAGGCGUCCUCAUAUUCCCCCCCAUCACGCCUCUCCUCCUCUCCCAGAAAUACAGCACAUACUGCAUUCCUGUAUGCUCUCUACCAGGUAAUGAAUUCUACUUGUAAAGGUUUAUUUUUUAUCUCUGUAUACUGUUGGUGUAUUACCUGGUGUAUUUGUGUUGCUCUUACCUCAUCAUGACAACUGGAGGGACUGUGACUGUGUGUGUUUGUGUGUUUGUGUGCGUUUGUUGUGAGCAAUGACCUCACCUUACCCAUGCACACACUCUAACACAUACAGACAUGCAUGUGGUUGGUUGGUGUGUUUUGUCCCAGCUGUGCCGUCAACGGGAGCUGGGACCCUCUUUUCGAUCUCGAAUCAAUCAUUGUGCACUUGAACAACUUGGCUUGCGUGUGGACUAACUGUGUGGGGAUGAUUUGUCAGAAUUGAAUAUUGUUAAAUAUGCAUUUUGUGUCCAUUUGAAAACAGCAGAACUAAAAAAAAAAGACUGUAAUGUCAAAUCUAUUUAUAGUUGUCUCUGUAUUACUGGAGAAUCCUGUGUUCAGAUGUACUUUGUAUAUACAAUGUUGUACAUUACAGAGGUACACUCUUUUUUGGUACAAUAUUGUACAGUAAUAGCAAUAGUAGUUUAAUCAAAUAGGCCUUAUAUAAUUCUAUGUGUAGUUCUUGUAGUAGAUCUGUUUUUUAAUAAACAUUGCUUGC